GACUACGAGCAAAUAUAUAUAAAUCCCCAUCCUUAACCUCAAACGUCUUCAUUUCUGAAUCGAAUCUUAGGUAUAACAAGCGAUGUCAGGGUUAGCAUGCAAUUCAUGUAACAAGGAUUUCGAAGACGACGCUGAGCAGAAACUCCAUUACAAGUCCGAAUGGCACCGUUACAAUCUCAAGCGCAAGAUCGCUGGUGUACCUGGAGUUACAGAAGCUUUAUUUGAAGCAAGACAAGCUGCAAUUGCUCAUGAGAGGAUCAAAUCUAAGGAAGCACCUAUGCUUUAUACUUGUGGACUCUGUAACAAAGCUUACAGGAGUUGCAAAGCUCAUGAGCAGCAUCUCAAGUCAAAGAGCCACCUUCUGAAAGCGACAAGCAACGGAGAGGAGGGAGAUAAAGCCAUCAUUAAGCAGCUUCCUCCUCCUCGCCGUGUCGAGAAGAAAGAGCCUAAGGGUUUGGUUGAGGAAGAGAGCGAAGAAGAAGAUGAAUGGGUUGAGGUUGAUUCUGACGAGGACUUGGAGGGGGGAGUAUUGGAUGAGGAUGAUGAUUCUGGUGAAGAUAUGGAUGAGGAUGAGGAUGAUGAUAUUGAGUUUGAAUUGGAUCCGACUUGCUGUUUGAUGUGUGAUAAAAAGCAGAAGACGCUAGAGAAGUGCAUGGUUCAUAUGCAUAAGUUCCAUGGGUUCUUCAUUCCUGAUAUCGAGUACCUCAAGGAUCCUAAAGGGUUUCUAACCUACCUUGGUUUGAAGGUCAAGAGGGACUUCAUUUGUCUCUACUGCAAUGAACUGUGCCAUCCAUUCAGCAGUUUGGAAGCUGUUCGAAAACAUAUGGAAGCAAAGAGUCAUUGCAAAGUGCACUAUGGUGAUGGUGGUGAUGAAGAAGAUGCAGAACUAGAAGAGUUCUAUGACUACAGCAGCAGUUACGCCAAUGAAGGUGACAACCAGAUGGUUGUAUCCGGUGAAUCAGCUAACACCGUAGAGCUUUUUGGUGGGUCAGAGCUUGUGAUCACCAAGAGAGGGGAGAACAAAGUAACGUCUAGGACUCUGGGGUCUCGUGAGUUCAUGCGCUACUACAAACAGAAGCCACCACCAUCUUCUCAGAAGCACAUCGUCAACUCUCUAGCCUUGAGGUACAAGAGCAUGGGUCUAGCAACAGUGCAGUCCAAGGAGGACAUAGUGAGGAUGAAAGUGAUGAGAGAGAUGAACAAAAGAGGAGCGAGAAUGCGUGUUAAGCUCGGAAUGAAGAGUAACGUCAUCAGAAAUCUCCCCAACAACGUCACGUAUUAGUCCUCUCCCAAACUAGUGCUGUUACGCUUCUUUGUAUUGUGAGAGCACGAAACCAUAGUUUUAUGGAACCUUAGGUUGUGAGUAAAUCCGGAAAUUAUAUUUCUCAUAUGCUUUUGAAAGACUAUUAAGCCAUUGGCCGAUUUUUUGUCCGAUUGUCAUUUUUCUUCAACUACAUAUGAUACAGAAUUACAGACUCUAAUAUAGACCAUUGAAAUAAGAACCGC